CCACCGACAAAGUCGCCGCGCGCCACCCCGCUUCACCCUUUUAUAGGCAGAACCCGGAUUGUCCACCCAGCCCUUCCAUUGGCUGAAGCGCAUCUUUGUCCUCACGGCCAAUAGCGCGGCUCGGCCAGAAUCCGCUCAUUUCCAUAAUCUCGUCCCCCCGCGCAGGAGCGCUGCCGAAAACUCGCGAAUCACCACGCAGCCCAAGCACAGCCUUAAUUUGCCUACGGCCUCUUUAAGUAGCGAGGCGCUUCCGGCCGCCUGGGCCUUAACUGCGCUGCGUGCGCCUCCGGACGGCUCUCGGUUGUUGCUCGCGCUUCCCGCUAUGCCCGAGCCGGCCAAAUCCGCUCCCGCGCCCAAGAAGGGCUCCAAGAAAGCGGUCACCAAAGCCCAGAAGAAGGACGGCAAGAAGCGCAAGCGCAGCCGCAAGGAGAGUUACUCCAUCUACGUGUACAAGGUGCUCAAGCAGGUGCACCCGGACACCGGCAUCUCGUCCAAGGCCAUGGGCAUCAUGAACUCCUUCGUCAACGACAUCUUCGAGCGCAUCGCCGGCGAGGCCUCCCGCCUGGCGCAUUACAACAAGCGCUCCACCAUCACGUCGCGGGAGAUCCAGACGGCCGUGCGCCUGCUGCUGCCCGGCGAGCUGGCCAAGCACGCCGUGUCCGAGGGCACCAAGGCGGUCACCAAGUACACCAGCUCCAAGUGAGUCCCCGCUGGGAGGCGGCGCUCGCCCGGGGCGCCGGCCGCUUCGCUCCAAAGGCUCUUUUCAGAGCCACCCAUCUU